ACGAACCUCACAUCUCUUCUCAUCGCCGUGCCGAGCUUCACGGUGGACACGACGAGGCAAAAUCGCAUAUACCUGUUGCAUUGAUUGCACGCAGCGGCCCGCCUCUAUCAGCGGCCUGGGAAGCAUUCCAGCUACCCCUCUGGAGUCGACCACCAUCCUCGCGCUCGCGGACCCAGCCGGUCAGCGCUUUCCUCCUUCUCGUAAGCGUCUCGGUGACAGCUGGCGCUCACGGAAUCGUUACUACCUUCUGAAUCAGCAUAAUCACGGCCCCUCUAAAACAUCAGACUGCAGGGAAAGGCUGAUGGGAGCGAUUGGUCCGAGGUUCACCUGCAGUCGACAUCGUUCGCCUCGCCAUGUCUGAGAUGCUCUUUGCAGCUGGCGUCUAGACUUCCUUCCCGGGUCCGCCGUCUCAGCUCUGAAACAAGUCCGCCUACUUUCAUCCUCUCCUAUCCUUCUCCUUUGCAUGGGCUCCUCGCGUCCCUAUUGUCCCCAGCACCUAUACACCUAGAUUCCCGCAUCCGUUGCAUAAACUUCAUUCUAGCUCGAUUUUGAAACUAGAUUCUACUUGCAUUACUACUUUUUGCUGUUCUUGGAUACACGGCUUCGUUCAUUUUUCCCUUGGCGCAUUGUUUACCGCUCCUCUGUCACUUUGCUGAAGCAAGUUGGCUCUCAACCUCAUCGCCAGACAACGUUACGCCCUCAUCAUUAACUCAACAACCCCGCCCGCCCCAUCGACGGGGAACACUUGACAUUCGUCGCUUGCUGUGUACACACUGCGCACAUGUCGUCGGACGACUUUAGCAAAGACUCCACGCCUCGGCGUUGGAAGAUUUCUAGACUCUUUGGGCAGGGCCCAAACAAGGAAGCAACAGGCGAGAAGUUAGGGCCGUCAAAAUGGAGUCUGGGUGUACUCAACGACAAAGAGACCGUCGAGGUCCCAGGGUCUGUUUUGCUCCUCGCCUCAGACCGCAAUGAGCCGCUCGGCUUGCGCAACGUCAACGCCCGGACCUCACAUUCCUCUAUUCCCAUCGGUUUUCCAGUCGAUGUUCCGACAACGCCGGGUGGAACCAGGAUCAGGCCAGAAUCACACCUCCACCCUCCUCAGCAAUCGGAUCUCAUUGAAGAUAAAAAGACAACCAGUGAUGGUAAUAUCAUCCUCGAUCCUCAACCUGAAGAAUCAGCCAACGACCCCCUCAACUGGCCCGCCUGGAGACGAGACACUGCACUACUAUCUUUGGGCUUCUACUGCAUGAUCGGCGGCGGGAUUACGCCUCUCAUCGCCGCCGGCUUCACCGACGUCGCCCGCGACUACGAUGUUUCUGUAGAAACCGUCUCACUAACGACCGGUCUCUACAUGAUGGGUCUAGGAUUGGGUUCCGUCAUUGCUUCCCCCACGGCAAUUUUAUUUGGCAAGCGUCCCGUAUACCUUGUUAGUGCCAUCGUCUUCAUUGCGACUUGCCUGUGGGCUGCCUGGUCUCCCAGCUUUUCCUCCCUUCUGGCCGCCAGAGUCUUUCAGGGCGUCGCAAUCAGUCCCGUCGAGUGCCUGCCAUCUGCCACCAUUGCGGAGAUCUUCUUCCUCCACGAGCGGGCAUACCGUAUAGGCAUCUACACCCUCCUACUCUUAGGUGGCAAGAACCUUGUUCCGUUGGUAAGCGCCGCCAUCAUAGGCAGCUUUGGGUGGCGCUGGGUUUUCUGGAUUGUGGCCAUGGUUGUCGGCCUCGGCUUUGUUCUCCUCUUCCUUUUUGUCCCAGAAACGUUCUGGGACAGGACUCCGACGAGAAAGCCUUCAAAACGGCCUAGUUUUUUGCGUCGGCUAUCUUCUCGCCACAACGUGCCACACGUUGCAACGCCAAGUGGCCGCGAGAAUGCUACGAGGCGUCCCUCAUCUCCCGGCAUAGAUGACCGAAAUACCAACCUCCAUGUCGGCUUUGCGCCUGUCGUCAGCGCCAGUCAGGGCCUUCAACAAGAAUCUACCGCCACUGUGGAGUCUCCAGCAACAGCGCCGGCGCCAAUGCGCCACGUCGGUUGGGCUAAAGCCAGCGUUGAGGACAAUCAGGGAGCCUCAUUGCCCUCGAACAAUCAGCAACCUCAAGAACAUGACAAGGCUGAGCCCAGUACCAACUCCCUGCCCCCAAUGUCUGCAGCAAACAUUCCUACAAUACAGCUUCCGGAACAUGAGAUAUCGGUUUUACACAGCAUCGACAGUCCAAGGCAUACCCUAUCGCCGACGGCCAGCAUUCGACGUACUUCUCACCUUCAACACGGCACUCCGCCAUAUUCACACUCGGUUAGUGGAAGCGAAGCAAACGUCGGUUACUUCGCACACGGGCCGAACCUUGACGCAGAGGGGAUACCGGCAUCCAAGCUCAAGGCGCCGCUGAAGAUCCAGGAAUACACGCAUAACUUGCGCCAUCUUCCGCCUCAAACGUUUACCCAGCAGCUCAGACCGUAUCACGGGCGUCUCAACAACGACAACUGGUUCAAAGUCAUGGUCCGCCCCUUCGUUUUGUUUGCGUAUCCCGCCGUUCUUUGGUCUGCCGCAGUGUACGCAUGCUCCAUUGGUUGGCUGAUUGUCAUAUCUGAGACUAUGGCCAUCAUUUAUCGCGACCCUACGAUUUAUAACUUCUCAGCAUUGCAAACAGGGCUGGUAUACGUUUCGCCAUUUCUGGGAGGGAUCCUCGGAACUGGCGUUGCCGGGAAAGUCAGCGAUAUUAUCGUGAGGGCCAUGGCGCGCCGCAACGGUGGCCUCUACGAGCCGGAGUUUCGCCUCAUCAUGGCAGGGCCGAUACUCGUCACGACUGUGAUGGGGCUAAUGGGAUUUGGCUGGUCUGCACAGGAGAAGGAUCACUGGAUUGUGCCAACCCUGUUUUUCGGUAUCCUGUCCUUUGGCUGCGCCCUCGGCUCCACCACGUCCAUCACCUAUUGCGUUGACAGCUACCGUCAGUACGCCGGCGAAGCACUCGUGACGCUCAACUUUUCCAAGAACGUCCUUCAUGGACUUGUCUUCAGCUUGUUCGUAGCACAUUGGAUGGCUGAGGACGGUCCCAAGAUGGUGUUCAUUUGGCUCGGUAUCAUACAGUUGAUACUCCAGCUAUUUACGAUACCGCUGUACAUCUACGGCAAGAGAGCACGCAUGUGGACGGUAAGGAAGAAUUUUAUGGAGAAGCUGUGACGUCCUACAGACAGUUUCUCGGGUUCUCGCGGUGGCCGGACGAGCAAGGCUUGAGACGAUACUCGAGUACGGAAGGGCAGGCACGAGCCUUGGCGGGAGACCGGGCUCGCGCCCACGUUACCGUUUGACGACAUUGGGCAUGACACAUGUUUACGUUUAUACCAAGGCGCUUCACGAAGUCGAGAUAUGACCGAGCCUGGAUUGUACAUAGACUUUGGACACUUGACUGGGCCGCAUAUUUCUUGGGUGCUUGGGUUGCAUGCACAGCAUCAGACCGGAUUGCACACGCUACAGUCUUGGAUAGAUUGAUCGAGCGCGUUGCCAUUGGAGACAUGAAUCACUUUUUCUCGUCAACAACGUAUCGAUGGACAUGUGCGAAGGUCAGGGCGAUUCUACCGUACAGGAAUGGUGGUGGAAAUGAGGUGUCUCACCCUGUUAAGACGGAGGACUGAUGGUUAUCACGAGAAGACGUCGUACGUACCGGUAUAUCACUCAGUGUCGAUUCCUUGGCAGGGAAAACCAAGCCACUUCACACAAUUAUCCUGGUCUCGAAGGGCCCGGAAGAUCCUGCAGAAGCGUCAACAGGCGAAAGCCGCCAGCUGUCAUGCGCCUCACG